UCGCCGUUCCACGUGAUCGUGAUCACCGUUCGAAUUGAUUUCGAAAGAUCAUCGAAGAAGAGAAUAAUAUAUCGAAGUCGCGAGUUAUUCGAAAUUGCUUCUUCGAUCGUUCAAUCCUCGCGUUUCGAUCAUCUUGUCUAGACGAUACGAUAGGGGGGAGGAGGAGGAGGGAGGAAAGAGGCCGAGUUCGAAUAUCGUGGUGGUUUUUGUGGUGGAUUAAGUGGUUAAUUCGAGGUUAAUUCAGAGAGAAGAAGAAGAAGAAGAAGGAGAAGAAGAAGAAGAAGAAGAAGAAGAAGAAGAAGCCGCAUGCCUCGCUGACAAGUUCUCAGGAUGGUCUGGUAAAGGAGAAGGAGGCGGAGGAGAGAGAGAGAGAGAGAGAGAGAGAAAGAGAGAGAGAGAUCUGAUGGUUCGAUCGCGAGAAAUGGCGUGCGGAAUAUCGUUCGAAGCGACUGCCACGAGCACGGUACUUUUCCUGCUGGUACUGCUGAAAGCGGCACUGGUAUGGGACGAAGUACACUGCGCUCCAGCAAAGAGGAACGACAUACUCGCGGGCACGGAAUUCCUGUCCGUUUUCAUAAACGGCGCCAUGGCGACACCACCGCAGCGGCGCAGAGGUUUCAGACGCGGAGGACAGCCGGCUUCGACAGGAGACAGCGCGACAGCGGAAUCUCACCAGCACGAGGCGUCGAUUUACCGAAUAUCGCGCAAUCCAGGGAACAGACAGGUGGUCCCAAGAGCGAGGAACACAAGCAGCCGUGAGGAGGUGGUUCGAUUCUAUCCCAUAAGUCACAAAACGUUGGAGAACAGGCAACAGAAUCUGGCAUCGUUGAUCGACGAGUUGACCACAACCGGCGACAUAUCCUCGACGAGGCUUGCUCCUCAGAGUUCGAUCAGCGCAACAACGACAGCCACGUCGACAGCCACGUCGACGCGGGAGAAAUCGAGGACGAACGCGACGGCAAGCGUUCUCAACUCGGUCAACAAAGGAGUGAUAGGUCGGCAAAAGGUUAUAGGCGUCAGUGUGACGUCCACCGUGGAAGCCACGCCGUACAAGGUCAGGGUGGAACAUUACGACAAUACGGACGCGACCGUCGUCUCACGGCCUCCCAGUUCCAUUUCAAUUUCGUCCAAAGAUGUUACGAAGGAGACGAGGAACGGCACGACGAGGGCUUCCACGACCACCACGAGGACCACGACCGCGAGAACAACGAUCAGCGCGACAACCACGACCACUGUCCUUUCCACGAGGACGACCACGACGACCACGACCACGACCACGCCAGCUUCGUCCUCCAGCUUCGUCACGGAGGAUCUUAGCAACAUCGUAUCCGAGUCGAACAGAAGCGAGUUUUCCGUGGACGAGGGAUCGCCUAGCACCAGUUGGCGAUCGGGUCAUCAUCAGAGCUCGAUCACGCCUGGCCCGCUCGGCAAACACACCCCGUCGUUCGCCCAACAUCGAAGGACGAACGGCACCACUGGAAGGAGCGCUUCUUCCGGGGACACGAUCACCCUGCCAACGGAGGACAACUACGAAUUGCCCGAGGAGAGCUCGGAGCCUAAAGAGUCGAGCGAGGAGCCCGUGGAAGUGGAAUCGGAACGAUACCAGGCUGUACAAGGGCGGAAGGUAGGCAGACACUUCGACGCUUCCCACUACAAUCGACCGAGCAACAAGAUGUACGGUCAAUCGUCGAAGAGCUACAACAAAUCGCCACGACCGUACAGCGAGCCCGCCAAGUCUUACAGCGAGCCGGCCAAAGUGUACAGCGAGCCUGAGAAAGUGUACGGGGAACCGGCCAAGGUGUACAGCGAGCCGGCCAAGGUUUACAGCGAGCCGGCCAAAGUGUACGGUGAACCUGCCAAGGUGUACAGCGAGCCUGCCAAGGUGUAUAGCGAGCCUGAAAAGGUGUACUCCGAACCGUCGAAAGUCUACUCGGAGCCUGCCAAGGUUUACUCCGAACCCGCCAAGGUGUACUCUCAACCAGCCAAGGUGUACAGCGAGCCUAGCAAGCUCUACGAUUCCGAGGGUCACCCGUUGAAUCGGCAGGGGGAACCUGACGAGCAGAAUUACGAGGUGGACGAGUCUGUGAGCGUGAGUAGCAAUGGAAACGUGCAUGGGCCGCAGAUGAUGCUCACCGAGCCCUCGAACGCCUCCGAGGUGGAGGAUGGCCACAAAGUGGGCUACGUGGUCGAGGGUAGGAACUACAGAAAGUACAGAGUCGAGGAGAGGACUCCGGACGGCUUCAUCGUUGGGGAAUACGGGGUCGUGAGCCAUGACGAUGGCUCCUUGAGGGGUGUCAGGUACACUGCGGACGGUACCAUCAACCCUCGGUUAAUUUACGACGCGCUGAUGAAAUUUCUGGCCCUGUGAAACGGAGAAGAGGUGGAACGAUGUGUGGACAGAAGUGUGGAACGAGGGAGGUCGACGACGCGUGGCUUUUGUCGAAAUCGACGACGAGACAGAAUGAUCGCCAUUUUUUAAUCGUGAUUUUAAUAGAGAUCAGGAAUUAAUCUUGCGAUUGUUCAAAUUCUAAGAUGAAAUUGAAUGUAAUUUCACGAUGGAAUGUGUGUGUAUGUCUACGUUCUAUUUGUGUUGUAUUCAUCGUAUCAUCAAUAUUGUCGAAGACAAUAUUGCGUAAGACCGAGAAAUUCAAUGUCAUCGCUGAGCAAGGAUAAAACGAACGAUUAAACGAGCUUCACGAAUAAGCGAACGAAAACUUGGACUCGUUAGGCGCGGAUGGUUAUCUUUGGUCGGUCGUCACUCCGUCGUUUCUGAGAUCUAAGGAAAAGGUCACAGCGAUUCUCCGCUGACUUGGCCGAUCGAGUCUUUCGUCAGAGAGGUUGAAAUUAUAAGGAAUACCAAUUUAAACAUUAUUAUUCAUCGCUCGUUCAAAUUAAAGUGUACAACGCGAUAAUGGAUAUUGAUUAUUUUUCUUUUGAUAUAUUUAUUUUUAUUUCGAUUUCCCAAUUUGUAAUAGUAUCAAAAAUUUAAGAAAAAAACAUAAAUACUAAUAUGAGAAUCUCAAUUGCAUAAAGCAACGUGUAUAUCAUCUUCUCAUGGAAUUAAAGAUUUGACUUUACGUAUCGAUAUAUUUGUACGAUAUUAAAAUUCUUUACUUAAAUUGAAGAUUGGCGUAACUAUAUUCUACAAAUAUGUUAAUACAAUAUCUUUUCAUAGAAAACAAUUGAAUUGUAUAUUUUCAAUUAUUUGUUUAAAAGCAUUGAAUCGUGUGAUACUUUGUACAUGUUAUUCUUCGAAAAUCAAUUUUAUCGUCAUUAUCAAUGCCAUUACGUUA